ACGGUAUCCGUCUAGCACCAUUCUGGACAACCGGGUCAUAUGGGAUAUCGUCUCGUCUUCGUCUAGGUAGUAAACGGUAAUCGAUAAGGCGAGCCGCAUGGUUUGCAUAGAAUGCGAGUAAAAUUGUCACGUUACAUGUGUUUUGCGGGGGAGCGUCUUUUAGUAUGAAUUCGCACGGUUCCGAAGAAUGAAAUCAUACGAUUUCGCUACAUCUCAACUUACUAGAGGCUGCUCAUUAGCAGUUAUGUAUGACUUCGAAUCAGAUCAUAAGGUUUUUUAGUUAAUCUGUCACGUAUUCCGAAAUGUCUGUCGAAGUUUGCACACUUCUUGAGUAGAAUCCUUGAACGAGAGCAGUCGGGAACUUGAAAUGGUUUCUGCUGGUCGAUGAUUGGUCGUGACAAACCGUGUUAAUUUUAUGAGCAUUAGUGAAAGCCGGAGAUCUGUCAGGAGUAUCCCUUGACUUUCACACAGCACCAACAUCCACCAUUGUCCCCCAACAUUUUCUUGCACGUGUAUCUGACCAGACUUUGUUAGGGAAAACGUCGUUGUCGUAACCCACAAUAGUGAACCAUUUCUUGUGCUUCUUGAUUCGUCUGGGCCCACGGAAGGAGAAAAUUGAUGUCUAAAGUAGCUUAGGGGAAAGUAGUCGAGCAUGGGCAUCGGGCUAAUUGGCUAAAAUAUGUUCGUUACAACAAUUUUCGCUUAUCACACGAGAAACAUCAUGUCUCUGUAUGAUAAGUUAUUUGAAAUUGUGCACCAGCAUAAUUUGAUGACAGUGCUUGUUCGCACGCAAACCCAUACACUGUUUGUGCCUUACUGAAGUCACCACAGAUACUGAAUAAUCAUAUGUAAUUUGAUUAGCACAAGACAGUCGUCAAAUUUGAGCAUCCUUCUCAUCUUUUCUGCAAUUCGGAUCACUCCAGUGAACCCCCUAUAUUGAAAUAUUAUCAAGAGGGCAAGUAUCUCCUCGAGGCAUCGUGAUCACAAAUCGUCGAAUCAGGCAUUCGGAGUUAUUCUUCCAUCAACCUUUUGGGUUCAAGAAAGAAAGUUCGGUAACCGAAGGCUAGUGAAGUUGCUAUGGCGGCGAACGGUCCGAUUACUGUGAAAGAGGCUCUGGCGUUGUCUCUCAGCUUACAAGCAUCGGAAUCCUCCCACAGUUUGUCACAUUCACACAUGUGACUAUGGAUUCUGACAAGUACAUCUGCGUGCGCGAGACAUCGCCACAAAACAAUGUAGUGAUUAUCGACAUGGCUUCGCCCAUGCAGCCGUUACGAAGACCCAUAACAGCAGACUCGGCUCUUAUGAAUCCAUCCAGCAAAGUUCUCGCCCUCAAAGCUCAAAUUCCUGGAACAACACAAGACCAUUUGCAGAUCUUCAAUAUCGAGUUGAAGUCGAAAGUUAAGGCUCACAUGAUGCUGGAGCAGGUUGUUUUCUGGAAAUGGGUUACAUCAAGUUUGCUAGGGCUUGUCACACAGACAGCGGUGUAUCACUGGUCAAUAGAAGGUGAGUCUGAGCCUCAGAAAAUGUUCGAGAGGACGGCGAGUCUCAUGUCCAACCAGAUAAUUAACUACCGAUGCGACGCAUCUGAGAAGUGGCUCGUGCUCAUUGGCAUUGCACCUGGAUCACAGGAGCGUCCGGCACUGGUUAAGGGCAACAUGCAGCUGUUCUCCGUGGACCAGCAGCGGAGUCAGGCCCUGGAAGCUCAUGCAGCAGUCUUCGCGUCGAUUGAGCUUCCAGGUGGUGAUCAUUCCUCCACUCUCAUCUCAUUCGCGACUAAAACGGUUGUGGCGGGGCAAAUCAUCUCCAAGCUGCAUGUUAUUGAACUAGGAGCCCAACCAGCUGAAUCAGGCAAACCUAGUUUUACCAAAAAGCAAGCAGAUCUUUUCUUCCCGCCGGACUUCGCAGAUGAUUUCCCAGUGGCUAUGCAAAUAACCUCCAAAUACAACCUGAUUUUUGUUAUUACCAAGCUCGGGUUACUUUUUGUUUACGACCUAGAGACUGCAACAGCCGUUUACAGAAACCGAAUUAGCCCCGAUCCAAUCUUUUUGACGGCAGAAGCUACUGAAGCAGGUGGGUUUUAUGCAAUUAAUCGCCGUGGACAAGUUUUGCUUGCCACUGUGAAUGAAGCAACGAUUGUUCCGUUCGUUAGCAUACAGUUGAAUAAUCUGGAGCUUGCCGUCAGUCUUGCGAAGCGAGGAAAUCUACCAGGGGCAGAUAAUUUGAUUGUACAGCGAUUUCAGGAGUUGUUCCUCGAGCAUAAACACACAGAAGCAGCAGAGCUCGCAGCAGAGUCGCCCCAAGGCAUUCUCCGCACUCCAGAAACCAUAGCCAGGUUUCGGACUGUACCCAUACAAGCAGGGCAGACCUCUCCAUUGUUGCGAUACUUUGGAACCUUGUUGAACAAAGGAAAAUUAAAUGCUUUCGAAUCCUUGGAGCUUACCCGUUUGGUUGUAAGCCAAAAGAAGAACCAUUUGUUGGAAACAUGGUUAACAGAGGAUAAACUAGAUUGCAGUGAGGAGCUGGGAGAUCUUGUAAAGAGCGUAGAUAAGGAUUUGGCACUAAAGAUCUACAUUAAAGCUAGGGCUUCUCCAAAAGUAGUGGUACUGUUUGCCCAACGUCAAGAAUUUGAAAAGAUCCUUAUUUAUUCCAAUCAGGUUGGCUACACUCCAGACUACUUAUCUUUGCUGCAAACUAUCACACAAACAGAUCCUCAGGGGGCGGUGAAUUUUGCAGUAAAGAUGUCAGAAAUGAAAGGUGGCAGUCCAGUGGACUAUAAUACCAUUACAGAUUUUUUCCUCCAGCGUAACAUGAUUAGGGAGGCCACUGCAUUCCUACUUGAUGUUCUCAAGCCCAACUUGCCGGAACAUGGUGCUCUUCAAACAAAGGCUCUCGAAAUCAAUCUUGUCACUUUUCCAAACGUCGCAGAUGCGAUUUUGACUAAUGGCAUCUUCAAACAUUAUGACCGUCCUCGAAUUGCUCAGCUUUGUGAGAAGGCUGGCGUGUAUAUGCGUGCUAUGCAGCUCUAUACGGAGCUGAGCGACAUCAAGCGUGUGAUCAUCAACACCCAUGCCAUCGAAUCUCAGGCAUUGAUGGAUUUCUUUGGGACGCUCUCCAAAGAUUGGGCAUUAGAAUGUAUGAAGGAACUUCUUUCGGCUAACUUGCGAGCCAACUUGCAAAUUGUGGUCCAGGUGGCCAAGGAGUAUGCUGAGCAACUAGGCAUUAAUGCUUGUAUUAACAUGUUUGAUGAAUUCAAGUCCUAUGAGGGUUUAUUUCUCUUCCUCAAUUUCUAUGUGAACUCCAGUGAGGAUCCAGAGGUUCAUUUCAAAUACAUUGAAUCUGCAGCAAAGACUGCUCAGUUUAAGGAAGUUGAACGCAUCACAAGGGAGUCCAAUUUCUAUCCAGCUGAGCGAACAAAAUCUUUUCUAAUGGAAGCUAAACUACAGGAUGCUCGCCCUCUUAUAAAUGUCUGUGAUCGCCAUGAUUUUGUGCCCGAUUUAAUACAUUAUCUGUAUGUGAACAAUAUGCUGCGGUUUAUAGAAGGAUAUGUUCAAAAGGUUAAUCCAAGCAAAGCACCACAAGUCUUAAGUCAAUUAUUGGAUGAUGACUGCCCGGAAGAAUUUAUCAAAGGAUUGCUGCUCUCCGUUCGGUCACUAUUGUCGGUGGAGGCACUUGUGGACGAAUGUGAGAAAAGGAAUCGACUCAAACUGCUGACGCCGUUACUGGAGCACCUUGUAAGCGAGGGAAGCAAAGACGUUCAAGUUCACAAUGCCUUGGGGAAGGUUACUAUCGACACAAAUAACAACCCAGAGCAGUUCCUAUAUACAAAUUCAUACUAUGAUUCUCGAGUUGUUGGCAAGUAUUGUGAGAAACGGGAUUCGUCACUAGCGGUAGUGGCAUAUCGGCGGGGUCAAUGUGAUGAUGAACUAGUUAACGUGACAACAAGAAACUCCCUUUUCAAGCUUCAGGCUAGAUAUGUGGUGGAGCGUAUGGAUGCGACUUUGUGGGCUAAGAUAUUAGACCCUGAGAACCCAUUCAGGCGUCAGUUGAUUGACCAGGUGGUAUCUACAGCACUACCAGAGAGCAAGAGCCCUGAGCAGGUCUCAGUUACUGUGAAAGCCUUCAUGUCUGCCAACUUGCCAAACGAACUUAUUGAACUGUUGGAGAAGAUUGUCCUUCAAAACACAGCCUUUAGUAGCAACCCCAAUUUACAAAACCUCUUGAUUUUAACUGCCGUGAAAACUGAAAAAUCACGAGUGAUGGAUUACAUCCACCGUUUGGAGAACUUUGAUGGUCCAGCUGUUGGAGAGAUUGCUGUUGGAGCCCAGCUGUACGAGGAAGCGUUUAUGAUCUUCAAGAAAUUUAACUUGAAUGUGCAAGCUGUCAAUGUCCUUCUAGACAAUCUUCACAGCAUAGGGCGAGCUGCCGAGUUUGCCGAACGUGUGGAAGUAGACGAGGUGUGGAGCCAAGUUGGCAAAGCACAACUCAGAGACGGUCCCAUAAGUGAUGCAAUUGAUUCCUUUGUUCGCGCCAAAGAUGCUUCCCAGUUCACUAAUGUCAUAAGAGAAGCUGGAAAGCUCAAAGCUUAUGAUAAUCUAGUGCGUUAUUUGAUUAUGGUGCGCCAGAAGGUUAAGGAGCCACAGGUAGAUUCGGCGCUAAUCUUUGCCUAUGCUAAAAUGAGUCGCCUUGACGAUCUUACAGAAAUUGUCGCACAACCCAAUGGCUGUGUAGCAAAUCUACUCGUGGUUGGGGACCGUCUCUUUAAUGAAGAGCUUUAUCAAGCUGCCAAGGUUGUCUUCUCUCACAUUGGGAAUUGGCCUCGUCUUACCAGCACUCUGGUGAAGUUAUAUCAGUUCCAAGCUGCAAUCGAAGUUGCUCAUAAAGCAAAUAGCUCUAAAACAUGGAGGGAAGUUUGUUUUGCUUGCGUGGAUACCGAGGAAUUUCGGUUGGCUCAAAUUUGUGGCCUUAAGAUCAUUAUUCAGGUGGAUCUUUUGGAAGAGGUUAGCGAAUACUACCAGAAUAAGGGCAACUUCGAUGAGCUCAUAAUGUUGAUGGAAAGUGGAAUUGGUCUGGAACGGGCUCACAUGGGGAUAUUUACGGAGCUUGGAAUUUUAUAUGCGAAAUACCGUCCAGAGAAGCUCAUGGAACAUCUAAAUCUCUUCUCUACCCGCAUUAAUAUUCCCAAGCUUCUUCGUAUCUGUGACGAGCAUCACCACUGGAAGGAGCUUUCCUACUUAUACAUCCAAUAUGAAGAGUAUGACAAUGCAGCAGCAACCAUCAUGGGUCAUUCUCCCGACGCCUGGGAUCAUAUUCAGUUUAAGGAUGUGGUUAGCAAGGUGGCUAACGUAGAAUUGUACUACAAAGCUAUCCAGUUCUAUCUGCAAGAGCAUCCAGAAAUUCUCAACGACCUUCUCGCUGUUUUGGUAACCCGUGUUGAUCACAGCCGUGCAGUGGAUAUCAUGAGGAAGGCAGGACAUUUGCCUCUGGUGAAGCCGUAUAUGCAAGCUGUUCAAAAUUGCAACUUGAGUGCUGUGAAUGAAGCUCUCAAUGAGCUCUACAUCGAAGAAGAGGACUAUGAAAUGAUUAGAGAGUCCAUCGACACUUAUGAUAAUUUUGAUCCAAUUGCCAUGGCACAGCGUAUCGAGAAUCAUGAACUUCUGGAAAUGCGAAGAAUUGCUGCUUACAUAUAUAAGAAGGCUGGGAGGUGGCAGCAAUCAGUAGCUCUUUCCAAAAAGGAUAACCUUUUUUCGGAUGCCAUGGAGACCACGUCACAGUCUGGCGACAGUGUAUUUGUAGAAGAGUUGCUAACUUUCUUUGUCAAAGAGGGCAAGAAAGAGUGUUUUGCCGCAUGCCUGUACACCUGUUAUGAUCUCAUUCAAGCUGAUGUGGUGAUAGAGUUGGCUUGGAUGAACAAUAUGAUGGAUUUCGCCUACCCUUUCCUGCUCCAGUACCUCCGAGAGUACUCUUUGAAGGUUGCUCAUCUCAUGAGCUACAAGAACCAGGAUGAUGUGCAUGGGAAACUCGACCACAAUUUGGUAGCAGAUUCGAAUAUGUAUGCGCAGCUUUUACCUUUGGCUUUGCCGGCCCCACCAAUUGUUGCGGCUAGUGGGACAUUUGACGCUUAUGCAGGGUUGCCGGCUUACGGUUUGUUGCAGUCUAGAGUAACUUUCUACUGGGUGCAGUGGAGAGUGAGUUGAAAUGAUUUGUGUGUAUCCAUGACAUGAAGGUUGUAGGUAUAAAAGAAUUAUGAAAGAUGAACCUUCCUGUUAAAGUUUUGAAUAAAUCUGAGAUUCCUGACAAGGUGAUGAUAACUAGGUGGUGGUAUAGAUUCGAAAGUAAACUGUAGAAUGUGGUGGUAUUGAAUGUUUAGAAAUUAUAGUAUGACUUUUUAUAAUUAUUAUUAUUAUUAUUUGUACCAAAUCUUCUAGGUAAAAGUAAUCUAUUUUAUA